AUGCUGUCGGACCUGGAGCCCGACAACCGCGCGCCGGUCACCAUCAUCACCGGCUUCCUCGGCUCCGGCAAGACGACGCUGCUGAACUACAUCCUCAAGGCGGACCACGGCAAGCGGAUCGCCGUCAUUGAAAACGAGUUCGGCGAGGUGGACAUCGACGGAUCGCUCGUGGCGGACGCGCUGGCGGGGUCGGAGGACGUGGUGGUGCUCAACAACGGGUGCCUGUGCUGCACCGUGCGGGGGGAUCUAGUGCGCAUGCUCAGCGAUCUCAUCACCACCAAGCGGGACAAGUUCGACCACAUUGUCAUUGAAACCACAGGUCUGGCGAACCCAGCGCCCAUAAUUCAGACGUUCUUCUUAGAAGAGGAGCUGGCGGAGGGGCUGCGGCUGGACGGAGUGGUGACGCUGGUGGAUGCCAAGCACGUCACCCGCCACCUGGAUGCGGCUGAGAAGGCUGCAGCAGAGGGGUCAACGGAGGUCAACGAGGCCGUGGAGCAGGUUGCCUUUGCUGACCGUCUUAUUGUCAACAAGGUGGACCUUGUGUCGGACAGCGAACUGAAAGAUCUCGUCGAGAGGCUUCAGGAUAUCAACUCCAUGGCGCGCAUGAGCAAGGCGUCGUACGGCAAGGUGGAUCUGGAGUAUGUGCUCGGCAUUGGAGGGUUCGACCUCGAGAGCUUGAAAGGUGUGGCGUCAUACGGCAAGGUGGAUCUGGAGUAUGUGCUUGGCAUUGGUGGCUUCGACCUCGAGAGGUAUCCCAUGCGAAGCAUGCAACAGGCGUUUCAUCAGUCAGCAUACAGUGUGAAGGCAACCUUGACCUGGAGAAGAUUAACGACUGGUUGGGAGAUCUGCUUGCUGAGAAGAGUGACGACAUCUAUCGCAUGA